AUGGCCGAAGUAGCCCAACUGCUCGAGCAGGAGAUUCCUGAAGGGCGACAGCACCUUCAGGAAAGCUUCAACAAUCUUGAAAAUGUUGCGAAGUACUGCAGAGAGAACUAUCUUACGGCAACAAACAAAAAGCAGGCUUUGGAGGAGACGAAGAACUACACCACCCACUCCUUGGCUAGUGUGGCAUACCAGAUCAACAAUCUUGCCACCAACUUCCUCAAACUCCUCGACCUCCAACAGAGUCAAACCAUGGAGAUGGAAUCUAGUGUGAAUUAUCUAGCCCAGACUGUAAAUAUCCACAAGGAGAAGGUAGCUAGACGAGAGAUAGGAGUCCUAACCACCAACAGGAACACAAAUCGACCCUUGGGAGUGAAAAACGGUAUAAUAUUUCCAGAGCAAGCAGAGCGUCCUACUAAGUACCAACGGAAACCAAUAGACUACACUGUGUUAGAUGAAAUAGGCCACGGAGUCAAGAUUCAGGAACAAGGAAUUAUAAAGACAACAAGCAGUGUUCAGAGAGAGAAAACGAGCCGAAGCUCUUCCAUUAGUAGCAACACCUCUCACCCAAGUAUUCCACCAAAUACCAGACCUCCUACUCCACCCCAGGGUCGAGGCACCAUUGGAAAGUCAGCAGGGGCACACCAGAGUCAGUACAGGACACCAGCUCCCCCUAUAGCUCCGCCAUCCAUCCCAGCAACUGCAUCGCCAUAUGCUCCAGGGGGCAUGGCAAUACAAAACCAGGCUAGACAAAGUGGAUAUGGUUCAGCAGAUCAGUCAAGACAGAGUGGAUAUGCUCCAUCAGAUCAGUCAAGACAGAGUGGAUAUGCUCCAGGAGACAUGCGACAGAGCAGCAACUAUGGACCGAGUGAAGCUCAGAUGAACAUUCUGGCUCCUCCUAUAGGUCUUGCUCGUCCCAUAUCACAGGAUGCCCCUCCCCCGUCUUAUCCGGGUAUGCAUGGACGUGUACCACACAUGGUACAGCAGCCGUCUACAGACCUGCCUCCUCCCCCGCCAUCUUUGUCCGAAGCCCAAGACAACAGCUAUGCGGAAGACGAUGAAGUUAACUCUCCCCCACUCCCCCCACCCCCAACAGACAAUCCCUCUGUGUACAACCAAGCUCCACCCCCACCCCCGGAGUUCAACGAUCCACCAGAGGACAUUGAUGACCACCCACUCCCCCCACAGGAAGAGGAUCCAUAUGCUGCAACAGGGCCAAAUCUUGGACUUGGCCAGCCGGAUUGGAAACCUGCAAACUACAUCGAGAAAGUUAUUGCUAUAUACGAUUACCUGGCUGACAAAGAGGAUGAACUGACAUUCAAUGAAAAUGCGGUAAUCUACGUCACCAACAAAAAUGAUGAUGGCUGGUGGGAAGGCGUACUCAAUGGAUUUACAGGACUUUUCCCGGGAAACUAUGUAGAACCGUGCAUGUAAUGAUUUUCAGUUCUCAACACACACUUACCAACAAGGAUCUGGUAUCAAUGGUUCAUUGAUAUAUAGAUAAGCCUCGUCUGGAAACCAAAAGCACACACAGAAAUGUGUUUUUAAUGCAAUUACCAGAGGUUGAUGACUACUUGUCAAAUCUAGUUACAGCAAAAACUUAUUCUUUGUGCAUGUAAAUAUGCUAAGAAAAGACAGAAAAGGCAGUAUUCAUGAAUAAAUUAGGAUCAGGAAUCAAUUGGAUGAAAAGAUGCGUCGAUCACAGAUAUGAUGGUUUAUAGGUCAAUAUGCCAGUGAUAGAAAUGAUGAUUCCUGGUUGAAAAAGUUAUGAAGCAAAAAGACAAUAGAAAUUGAUUGUGAAAAGAAACCAUUGGUUGUACAUUUUAAAGUUGAUUACAUGCAGGUAUUGUUUUACAGAAAAAAACGGAAUGGGUUGCAUGCUUGGGGGCAACAUAUUUAUCAUUUAACUUUAGAAUUUUGAUUUAAUAUUUCUUCUCAAUACAGUGCAUAAAAAGUCUUAGUCAUAUUGAAAUAUGAUUGUGUUCAGUAUAAAUGGAUUGAUUUAAGGCUUUCAAGACAGGCAUGUGUGUUUAUUGUCAUUAAUUCAUAAACAUGGGUGGUUGUCUUCAGUUUAAACAAAAAAUCAAAUUUUUAAACAGUGGUUUUAGUAGUUUUUUAGAAGGUGUGACACAAAUAUCUUCAGUCCAGAGAGUUAUUUUUAUGUAUAGCAAAGCGGUGAUCUGUUUUACUCAAAAGUGUCAUAGAAAUCAAACUUGUGUCUACAAAAGGUAGCUGAUUCCAGAAAGCUAUAGAAAUUGAUGAAGUAUUAUUAUGUAAGAUUUCAGUGUGUUUGUAGAUUUCUAUAGCUAAAAUAAUUAACUUUAUAUUGUAGGUGUAGACUUACUCUGGUUAUCUUAGUGCAGCCACACUCUGUACAAGAUGAAAUCAUCUACAUUGACUGUAUAGUGAAUACUCGAAAAAACUGAGUACAUAUAAACUGUGUACUGUUUAUGUUGAUGUAGUUGUCUUGCCAAAAUGAAAUUAUUUUCACAAAAAAUUUGGAGUCAUGAAUAUUACAUAUAAUGUGUCUUUUUUCUUUUGAAAAUUAUGAUUUUCUGUAAUCAUCAAUCAUUAUCUUCUGAUGUCCUGUAUUUAGACAUCUCAUCAUUCCACUGUCUAGAUUUUGUGUGUGUGUGAUACAUUUCAUCAUCGUUUAUUUAUGUUUUGUGCUGACUGAUGUGUAGUACAAUGCCUGGAUCAUCUACUGUUAAUGCUUUACCACAUUAUGUAUACAGUAUGUAGAUAAAUAUAAAAUUGGGUCAGACAUAAUAUCAACUAAUCAAAAUAAUGUAAGUUUAUUAAUAUCAUAUGUUUCUCUUAAAGAGCUCCAGCAUGUUACUUUCAUGAUUAUAAUACAUUUAUCCAGAAUGUUGACAGGUUCAUACACUUAAAAUGAAUUGUCCAUUUUCCCCGCAGAAUCUUAUAAUAGUAGUCAAUUUUACAAGCACGAGCCAUAUGAGUUAAGUUAUUUUCUAUAGGUAAAACUAAAUGAGGUUGGGGGUGGGGGUAGGGGUGUGACAGUAACAUCAGAUUGAUAUCUAAAUCCUUUUUCAUUGUAAUUUGUCGAGUGAUUUUAAGAUAAUUUAUUGGGUUAUAAUAUAAAAUCCAGUGGAGUUUCACUUAUCUAAAACACUGUAAACAUAUACCCUGGUAUAUCAUUGCAGUGAUGAAUCUACAUGCGAGUCCCUAGUCCUGUACUCAUAGAAUUUUGAUGGGACUCGAAAAAUUUUUAAACUACCUACAUUUAAAAUUGUGGGACCUAUCGUUAUAACAAUAAGUUUUAAAAGGACUUGUGAAAAUAAACCAUAUAUUGAUAACUGUCAUUGAGGAAAUAGUAUCAUUGAGGUAACAUUAUCAUUUCUGUACAUCUGCAUGGCAUUAGGUACAUAUGGAUUACUUUGUAACAAUGUAUUUACCAAGACUAAAGGUGAGGACUGUGCUGCAUGUUUACUUUUAUGUAUUACAAAUAAAUAUAUGAAGUAUCCAUUG